AUGUCAACACCAUCCGACUCGGUGGAGCUCAGCCUCUACAACCAGCGCAAACAUGACCCCAACGACCCGGACGACCUUCCCAUCUGGGCGCCCAUAUCACGCCCUUCCUUAAUGAUAUGUCUAUACGUCAUUCCCCCUUUGAUGACAGCCAUUUCCGUUGCCGAAAUCGCUUUAAGGGCCGCGGCGCCCAGGAGGGGCAGGGAAACCAAUUUCGUACGGUGGACGGACGACGAGAGAGACGGCUUCAUGGCUGAUUGGCCCCAGUCCUUAUAUCCCCAUGAGGAUGAGCUGCCGAUCGCCUCGGCAGCACUUUCCAUCGCUGUAUCACUUUUGGUCCUUGGUCUCGCCGUCGACGUGGCCAAGAAUGGCCCUAUCAAGACGACGUACUGGGCCCGUCUGGCUUUGGUGAGCACUCUCGUGCUCAAUGUCAUCUUGGCCAUGGCGUCCGCCAUCUAUACCUUCGCUCUCAACUCCAGAUCCGCCCACCUCAGGCUGGAGCGCAUGCUAGCCCUAGCCCGGAUCGCCAGGGACACCCUUGCCCCGAAUAACCGACCCGUCUUCACGUACGACUUGGGGAUCUUCUCUCGCGAAAUGUGGGGCUGCGAGGCGAAGGAGUUUUCGGAAUUCGACGCCAGUCUGGGCGGGGCCAUGAGUAGAGCUUGCGGCCUGGGGACCGGCGCGAGGUGGCUCUCCCUCAUCACCUUCCUGCUGGCCACCGGCCUGUCCACAGUAGUAUUGAUGGAUCACCGAGGUGGUGGAUACUUUAUGCAGUCGUGGAAGAGGAGGCGAGAAGUUAUGCGAAGCGAUGGCCGACCUGCCUGA